AGCACGUUGGCAACAGUGAACAUUCAGCUGCUGCCAGACAAAGGGGAAAGGCUACUGAAGCAAGUGCAGGAUUUGGAAGCUGCACUCAGUGCUCUCAACAUUUCGACAGCAGAUACUACUGAAAAAAGGGAGGAUGCCACGAGCGGCGGGCGGCGCGAGGGGGAGCCUUUGCCUGUGUCCCUUGGCAGGCCUGGUGGUACAAAGUUGAUAACACCACUGCCACUGCAGGAUCCUACAGCAAAGACCUCCUCAGGCUCACACAGUCACCCCUCUGCUGCUGCUGCCUUGGGUUCCAGUGAACAUUAUGGCCAUGGGUUUGGAAUGCAGAGCCUGUAUGGAGGAAGAAUGACAGAAGACCGAAUCAGGGCUGUCCACAGUGCCAUAAGUGAGGCUAUUAAUCAUCUCCACAAAUCUCUGGAAUCCUGUCCAGCAAAGCAGACAGCAGCUGAAGAUCCCUUGGGGUUGAAGGUCCCACUGCUGCCACACCAAAAGCAGGCCCUCGCCUGGCUGCUCUGGAGGGAGAGUCAGAGGCCUUGUGGAGGAAUUCUGGCGGAUGACAUGGGCUUGGGGAAGACUCUAACCAUGAUUGCUCUCAUUCUGGCCCAGAAGCAGCUGAAGAGAGAGAACAGGAAGGAGAAGUUAGAGUUAUGGCUAUCCAAAGAAGAUUCCACCAUUAUCCCUUCCUGGAGCACUUUAAUUGUUUGUCCUGCAUCUUUGAUCCAUCACUGGAAGAAAGAGAUUGAGAGACAUGUAGGCUGUGGCAAACUGAGGGUCUACUUGUACCAUGGGCCAAACAGGGAUAAACAUGCAAAGGUGCUUUCUGAACACGAUGUUGUUGUCACAACCUACAGCCUGGUCUCCAAGGAGGUUCCCACAAGCAAAGAGGAAGGGGAUGUCCCUGCAGAGGACCAUGAUGUGGGGAGUGGGUCAUCUCCCUGCUCCCCUCUGCUCAGGAUAGCUUGGGCUCGAGUUAUACUGGAUGAAGCUCACAACAUUAAAAACCCCAGGGUCCAAACCUCUAUAGCUGUGUCCAAACUGAGAGCCAGUGCCAGGUGGGCUGUCACAGGGACACCCAUCCAGAACAACCUGCUGGACAUGUACUCCCUGCUGAGGUUUCUACGUUGCUCUCCUUUUGAUGAAUACAAAGUGUGGAAGCACCAGGUAGAUAACAACACAAAGAAGGGAGGAGAGAGGCUGAGCCUCCUAACCAGGAGCCUCUUACUUCGGAGAACUAAGGACCAGCUGGAUUCAGCUGGCAAGCCCUUG